ACUCUAAACUCGCUGACGGAACAGAUGCCAGUGCAGUGGUUGUCUCGAGGACUUUUAUUUUGAAAUGACUGCACUGCAGCUGAACGUGAGUCAUUUCCUGUGGCUGCUGUGGCUUACUACUGCUUCUGUCAGGACGGUAGAGUGGGUUGCAGGUGUCUGAACUGUAAACAGUAGUGGGAGAUGGCUGCAAAUGGAGCAGAAUGUGAACAGCCACAGAAAAGACUAGGACCCAAAGACAAGCAGAAUGGCAGUUCUACAGAUUCAUCUCUGAGAGAGAGAAAGCAGCAGGACAGGGAAGAGCGGCUUUCUUUAGUGAUGUGGAAGAGGCCUUUUACCACACUACAGUAUUUCUUCAUAGAAACCCUCAUUACCCUGAAAGAAUGGACAUGGAAGCUUUGGCAGAGAAGAGGUGUGGUAUUUUUGGCCGUAGUCCUAUUUUCACUUUUCUCAAUGGCUUACUCAAUAGAAGGAGAACAUCAACAGUAUGUACAGUACCUGGAGAAGAAGUUCCUGUGGUGCGCCUACUGGGUAGGCCUGGGUAUUUUGUCUUCGGUCGGUCUUGGCACUGGACUGCACACUUUCCUUCUUUACCUGGGUCCACACAUAGCUUCAGUCACCCUGGCUGCAUAUGAAUGCGGCUCUGUGAAUUUCCCCGAGCCGCCCUACCCAGCUCAGAUAGUGUGUCCGGAGGAGGAGGUCCUGCAGGAGAGCAUCACACUAUGGACCAUCAUGUCGAAGGUUCGCCUGGAGGCCUGCAUGUGGGGCGCAGGCACAGCUAUUGGAGAGCUGCCUCCUUACUUCAUGGCACGGGCGGCACGGCUGUCUGGAGCAGAUCCUGAUGAUGAAGAUUAUGAGGAAUUUGAGGAGAUGCUGGAGCAGGCACAGAGCCCACAGGAUUUUGCAACAAGAGGCAAGCUUGCAGUGCAAAACAUGGUGCAGAAAGUGGGAUUCUUUGGAAUUCUAGCUUGCGCCUCUAUCCCAAAUCCCUUGUUUGACCUGGCUGGAAUCACCUGCGGUCAUUUCCUGAUUCCCUUUUGGACCUUCUUUGGUGCAACUCUCAUCGGAAAGGCCUUUAUUAAGAUGCACAUUCAGAAACUGUUUGUUAUCAUAACAUUCAGCAAGCACAUAGUGGAGCAGAUGGUCUCUCUGAUCGGUAUUAUCCCUGGAAUCGGAGCAUCUCUUCAGAAACCUUUUAGGGAGUACUUGGAGGCCCAGAGAGCCAAGCUUCAUAACCCAGCGGGCGAUGGAGCAGCAGCAGGUGAAAGCUGGCUCUCAUGGGUUUUUGAGAAAGUUGUGCUGGUCAUGGUGUGCUACUUUAUUCUGUCCAUUAUUAACUCCAUGGCACAGAGCUAUGCCAAGCGUCUCCAGCAGAAGCAGUACUCAGAGGAGAAAACAAAAUGACGGACUCAAAGAAAAACAUCUCACGCUCCUGUUAUGGAACCUACGAAAUAUCGAAGCUAAAACUACAUGAGCACUGAUUUAUGUGCGCUUCUGUAUGUUAAUGUUCAUUCAGAUCCCUUUAGUUACACGGAGUCCCUCUUCAUUUGUCUGUAGUGUGCUCGGCUAUUUAAAAUCAGAUUAACAUCAACAGAACCGAGGUAGUCUAGCUGACAGGCUGUGUGGAGUCAGAUUCGUUGCAAUGCCUUAUGCAACAUUUGGAGGUCAUGCUUCCAUUGAAGUGAAUAGAUUUAUUUAAUUUCUAACAUACAGGUAUGGAUGGGCAGGGUCUGCUUUGUGUUUGGAAUUUUCAGAGAUAGUUUUUUUUUUUAAUCAAUAUUGAUGUCAUUUUGUAUUUCUUUAACUGUUUGAAGCGGACCGCAAUAUCAACUCAGAUCAUUGUGCUUUUUCAGUGGGUUGCACAUCUUGUAAAAUAAUGUUUUGACUAUGCGAACAUGAUGUUUAUUCUCCGGUCUUAAACCAAAAUGUCACAAACUAGAGGAUGUAACUUUUAACUUAAGAAAAUUAAGAUGUAAUAUUUGCAUAUGUUUGUGCAUCUUUUUUUUUUUGACCUUUGAACUAAAACCAUAAGUUGACCCAUACUUUCCUCUUAAGUCCGGGCUGAAGUAUUUGUGUAGCUAAUUAUGAUUUCUCUCAAAACUAUUGUUGCAUAAUUUGUUUGACAUUAAAUUCAUUAAUACAUCUGCUGUGUUACAUUUGCAUCUUACGCUAAAACAAAUACAUAAUGUAAAAUCAGAUCUCUGGGAUCAGACCAAAGAAUGACAGAAGUUGGAGGAUGUGACCUAAAAGAAGGUAUGUGGAAGAUUAUCUAUGUCUAUCUGCUCACAUACUGUAUAUAAACUUUGAGAAGUGUCCCGUUUCAGUGUGUUCUGCUCAUCCAGUCGCAAGUGUCCCAUUCUGUCAGCUAGCUUAUCAGACUGGUGUUGGCUGGAUAUUAUAUGGCAACAUCACUUUGAUAGGCUGCCUGAAAUUUUGGGUUUAGUCACCAUAUGCAUAUUUUCAGGCUGAAUUUUGUGCUAGAAAUGUUCAGCUGAUAUAUUUACUAACUAGUGAAUGUGCUCUGCAGUGUACUAUGGAUCUGAGUAUCUAAAGGAGGUUUUCCUCAAGUAAGCAGAUCAUAUGUGAACAUAAUUAACUGAAACUUGCAAACUGUUGAUUUGUUUCUCAUUAAAUUGAAUUGUUUAUUUAAGAGAGUAAAUAUGUUAUCUAUCAAGAUCCGGUUUCAUUUUGUAACUAAUAAACUUUUUUUCAGUUUGUAAUGGCUAUAAAGUUUUUCUGCUGUAGUUUUUUCCACAAUAAACUAGUUUCCUCCUUA